AUGAGGGGUGUAAAAGAAGCGAUGAAACGUCUAGAUAUGAGUAUUUUAUCGGUUGAUAGUAUGAUAAACGGUAUGAAGAAGCAGGGGUUUAAAAAACAAGACGAGAAGGGCAUAAAAAGUCUAUAUAAGAGGAGUUUUUUAUCAUUUCCAGAGGACGAUAAAGGAGGAAAACAAGUGCGGGAAUUGUUAAAAAAUAUUGAUUUUGUUAGUAGUAUUAGGGGGGUGAAUGUUAAAUAUGUAAGGGGCCUUGUUUCAGUGAGAAAAGAUAGGCCUAUUAUGUUAAAAUAUGAAGAUUUGUUUGAGAAGACGGAAGAGCCAAAUAAAUGGGAUGUUUUGGGGUUAAUUGUUGUUAAAAAAAUGAAAAAGAAUUUAGUGGAUAAGUAUUAUGGAAAAAAUAGAAAGAAAAGAGGCAAAGAAGAGAGAAGGGAGUAUUGA